UGCUGACGUCACCGAGCCAUCUUUGUCCACCUAAUCCGGGCGGCUGUCUGUCCCACCUUCAUUACCGCUCACGCUCGGGCUCCAGUAAAUAGCUGCAGGUGCCGCGUCGAGCAAAAAGAAACGAAAGAAAGACGCUUUUUGUAGCGAGGGAACACAAAGCAGUGGAGAACCUCCACAAGAACCGAGCGAAGGCUGCCAGAGGCUAGAGGGAAGGCGAAACAUCCGUCUGCCAGACACUUAGGACGCGGAUUUCAGCGCAGCUGUCUAGCUAGUACCGCCAGAAAAAUGUCUGCCCCAGCUGCUGGAGCCCCUGCACCAGAGGGAGCAAAUCAGGGUCCUCCCAACCUCACCAGCAACCGCCGUCUGCAGCAGACGCAGGCGCAGGUGGAUGAGGUGGUGGACAUCAUGCGUGUGAACGUGGACAAGGUUCUGGAGCGCGAUCAGAAGCUGUCAGAACUGGACGACAGGGCCGACGCCCUGCAGGCCGGAGCCUCUCAGUUUGAGACUAGCGCUGCUAAACUGAAGAACAAAUACUGGUGGAAGAACGCCAAGAUGAUGAUUAUCCUGGGUGUGAUAUGUGUGAUUGUCCUCAUUGUCAUUAUUGUGUACUUCAGCACCUAAGAAGAGUCGCUCCUACCCCGGUCUGAUCAAGGCUUUCUUGCUCCAGAUGAAAAAACGACCCCAACAACCUUGUAUCGAUGACUAAAUUAACCACAGAUGAUUAUUCAUUUAUUGUAUGUACUUAAAUCUCCCCAGCUGGCCUCGAUAUAACACCCCUAAACCCUUCAGGACUCCUCCAAAAAUUCCGUUGAGUUUGGGACCCCCAAUCAAUAUUUGUCCUGUUAAAUGUGUGUGUUUGCCCCCCUCCCCCCAUGUCUCCUCUCUGGGUCCUCUUGGCUUUUCUAACCUGCCAUACUGAGAACCGGGCACCUGCGCAACGCAACAGUAGAAAAGGCAACAAUUGGCGCUAGUUGUGAUAUAACUACUAUAUAUAGUUCUUUGUAGAGUUUUAUUCUGAUAUAUGAUGUUUUGUAGGUGUGUGUGCGUGUGUGUGUGCGCAUUUUGUACUUUUUAUUCUUUGUAUUAAUUUAGCUUCGGCGUUAACUACUGCCUAUUAAUCGAAGUGUGUUAUCUUGCAUGUUCUCAUCAUCUGCGUCUUUUCGACGUACACUCCGAUCUUCGCCGUCUGCCGCCCUCGUGUACACAGAGACCAAAACAAGCCGGGGAUGUAAAACUUGGACAAAAACAAAAAAAAGGUUUUCCACCAUCUGACUCGUGAAGCUCCUCGCGUCGACGUCCUUUUAACGAAUAAUCAGCGCACGACUCGUGGCUCUCGUCUCAACGAUCCCGUCCUCGUCGCCGUCUUGAGUAGGAUUUCUGGUUCGGCCUCGGCGUGCUUCGACUCUUCAAACUGCCGUAGUACCGUUGGACCAAUGUCUGUAGAUGUUCGGGUUUGAUUUGAACCGUUACGUAGUGUCUUAUUUCGAGAACAUUCCUUCAUCGCAGUCUAGUGCAGAUGCUCUUACUGUAGCACAUGUAGGUGUAAAAAAAAAUAAUUUCAAAAUACACGUGAUGAAACUAAAUGUUGACCGUGCAAACAAGAGAAACAUGAGAGGGAGACGUGUUUGUUUAUUUUGGAUGGUUGGGAUUAGAUGUGUAAUCUGUGCAAAUAUAAUACAUUAAAGCAGAAUAUGUGGUGGAGACGCGUCAUCGAUGUCGACUGAUAGAUGUAUUUCUGUGAAACGGCGUUCCUCGUGUGCACACUGACCAGCCUUAGUUCUCAGUGUUUUAUUUAUUUUUCUUGUUGUUGUUGGUUUCCUGUCAAACGCAGCCCUCACACGUUCAGCUCGUGUAGGAGGAGCGGCCGACUGCAGGAAUCUGUGAAAGAUGCACAAACGUUUCUUGUUUCCGACGGCGACUCCGCAGCAGAACCUCUCCACCCGAAAAGCACAUUUAAAAAAAAAACUAUUUGUCCCGUCAGGAAAAUAACCAACCUUCUUCACAGUUUAGGUAGGAAGUCACUUUUAGCGCAUGAUGAGAAACUGUAGCAUUCCUUCGACGAGCGUUUUCUGUCUUUCUUCUAGUUAAGGCCUUUAUUGUUGUUUUUUUUUUUUCUUUUUUAAAAAUAGAUUCUAUUUUUUAUUAUAGUAUAUUUUUGUGUGAAACGGACGGGGCGGAGAGGAGGCCACGAACAGUGAGCUCCUCUUUGACCUCGGCCUGCUGUGGUUGUAGUUCAGCUCUGCGUUCCACACUGCCAAGCCUUCUCCUGUUCCGCUCCGUCCUCAUCUCUGCGGUGCACACUCCAUGAGCUGAAGACUUGAUUCCUAGAGAAAUUUGUCCAGAGCUGUGUCAUCUAUUGAUCUAAAAUCCCGUAGGCAAUUGUGGAAAAAUAAAAACCAAAGAGAAACUUAGAUUUUAGACUUCUUGUGGUCGUCAGAGCUACAAAUCUGUUCCGUCGGGUUUUUAACUUCAGACCUGCAUAAAGGACAGAAAUGAGCUUUGUUCUCUCCUGUAGAGCCGGAAUAUGAAUAAAGGUGAACAAAAAGCCUUUGUGACACAGUCUCUUUCAGCUCCCCCACCAGCUGAGUAAACCAACCUCCGACUCAGACCCCCACCGCGUGCACGUGUGCGUUAGAAUAGCUCUAACCCCGGUUGAGCCUGACAGAUUAGUCUGCUUAAAUCUCACAGCGAGGCUGUCGUUUCCUUCACAGACCCUGAAGAGUCCGCUCUCCCUCGCUGCUCCUAUGAUCGAACAGCAGGCGAUUACCAAAGAUCGGACCUAUGUGCUAAACACUAUUGGCUAUAUGCAGCGUGUGGGUUCGGCUCGUGAGUGUGCCAUGGUAAAAUAUGCAAACCAAAACAUGAAACGUCCAACAGAACCUCCCCCCGUCGUGUGCGUCCGGGUCCGAUGAGCCCCCCACUAAUCUGUGCAGUCAGCAAACACACCGCCCUGUAACAAGUUAUAGCACAAGUUUUCUUUUCUCUGUCUCCGUCGUGCUGCCAGGUUUGAAAAAAAAAUAAAAUAACUAGCUGUCAGAUAAAAAUAAGAAAAAUUGUACAAAAAAAAAUUGCGUUGUUGUUGAUGUUGUAAUAUGGGGUGUUUUGGGGGGUAGGGGGUCCUAUAUCCUCAGGUUUACAAUAAGAUAUAAAUAUAUAUUAAUAUAUGAAGACAUAAACUAUAAGAGCAAGCUGUAAAAUUGGAUUCUUUUUGGCAAUAUUAAGCGAUAAAAAGGUUAGAAACGUCAUCCUUUUAGCCAUUUUGCAGGACCGAAGUGAACCAACGCGGCUGAUUUGGGGUAGGACGUGUGCGUUCUCCAUCCGACCAACUCGUCGUCCUGCGGAGAGCUCGACCAGCUCGCUCACCACGCUGAAAACCAAGCGGGCGCGCUCUCCUUUUUCUUUUCUCUCUCUGUUGCUUUCUCGUCCGUAUGAAAACAAGCGUAUAUUUGAACACCGUGGCACUUUCUCUUUGAAUAUUUCCCAAAUUUCCGGCGGGUCGACGGAGUGAGAAUAUUGCGUCAGCCUCGAGAACCGUUCAGUGAUCUCAGCGCUGCGUUCAGGUCCAUUCGAAAGGGGGCCGAGCCACUAGCAGGAAACGGCGCACUAAUUUGACCAGAACUUGUUAGCAGGAAGAAAAGAAGGAACCCUUUGAAGGGAGAUGAACGCACCGACAGGAGGGAACCUUUAGAGUCGCUGAACGCUCUCUGGACGCCUUCAGAUGUAUGAUAUUCCACACACGCCGGCGUGUUUUACUUUUGAACCAGAUGUUUUUGUUUGGCUUUUUCAAUGGUUCCCAACACUGGU